AAAGAAAAAUGUUCGAACCAAAGCAAAAAUAAGAAGCUAAAGCAGAAAUGAACUGUUUUGAAAAAAGUGCAAAACAGGGGGAACAUUGAACAGUACUACAUAAUUCACAUUUGAAAUUUGGAACCAUUUUUGACUGAUUAAUAUGGCCGCAGAAGCAAAUAAGAUCCGCAGUCGAAUUUCAGAGAUUCACAACUUCAUCAAAAACGACGAAGAAGAAUCAAACCCUUCAGAUUCCGCCGAUUUACUCCACGACUGUGCUCUUCAUGUUCAAAACACAGUGCAACAAAUUGUAUCCGAAUUCUCUGAUAUCGAUUCUUUACAAAAUUCCGAUUUCGAUGCUUAUGUAGAGUAUUUGACAAAGGAACUUAAUGAUGUAAAAGUUGAAUCCACCAAUGUAGCUACCGAGAUUGAGUAUCUUGCGAGAACUCGUAAGGAUGAUUCUAUUAAUUUGGAGGCCAAACUUGAAGAAUUGGAAUGUUCUUUACAAUAUAUUGCAUUAGAGGAGCAGAUGACAGCUGAGGCUAAUGAAGGAAUUGUUUCUCCAAUGCUGGAAGACACUGUCAUGAAUCUAGGCGAAAAUUUGGAGCAAUUGGAACUUGAGAGUAAGGUUGAUGAAAUGAAGGAGAUUCUGAGGACUAUGGAGUGUCUUCAGUGUGAGGUCAAAUGGUUUGAUGCUAUAGAUCAGAUUGACGAUGUAUUGACGGGUCUAAAAGUGCUUGCAUUUGACGAGAAUUGCAUUAGGCUGUCUUUGCAAACUUAUAUGCCAACGGCAGAGAGCAUUUCUUGCCUACAGAGAGUUGAAGAUACCAAUGAUGCAUCUGUGCAGAAUCAUGAGUUAUUGAUUGAAGUGUUUGAGGGGACCAUGAAGUUAAAGGAUAUUCAGGUUUUUCCAAAUGAUAUAUAUGUGGAUGACAUUGUUGAUACUGCAAAGUCUGUCAGUAAUUCCUCAUUGCAAUGGUUAAUACAAAAACUGCAAGAUAGAAUUAUACUAAGCACACUUAGGAGACUUGUGGUAAAUGAUGCUAAUAAAUCAAGAUAUUCUGUUGAAUACUUGGACAAAGAUGAGACUAUUCUAGCUCAUUUAGUUAAAGGAAUUGAUGUAUACAUAAAAUUGUCUCAUGGUUGGCCAAUAUUUGGUUCUCCAUUGAAGCUGAUAUCUAUCAAGGGUUUAGAUAUUUUGAAGAAAAAUUCUGCAAGUUUUCACUGCGAAGUUGAGAAUCUGGCCAACUCUUUAGACACUCAUACUCGGCAAAAUAUACUGCGCUUUGUUGAUGCUGUUGAAAACGUGCUUAAAGAGCAGUUGCAGCUUGAUAGCCGCUGAUGGUUCUGGCUAAGGAUGUGCUCACAAAAUCUGUAUGUUUGAAGUUCUGUAUCUUGUGCUCAUAUUCACUUUUCUAUUUGCUGAAGCAAAUAUUAUAAUUAUCUUGUUAAGAUGAUUUACUUCAAUUUUAGACAAGAAACUGACAUGCUAAACUGGUAUAUGUAAUAUUCGAAUUGUCAGGAUCAGUUAAUCAGAUAUUGUGAUAGAAUUGAAAAUUUCA